GUCAGUCCAUCUUCAUGGUUCUUGCUUGUGGAUCUCCUUACACAGCCUUGUCUACCUGCCUUAACGACUUUUAUCUUUAGCUGUUAAAUUCAGAAAGCAGGCCACAACUGCGACAUGACAGCCGCCGCGACUUCCCGAACACCCCGGAAGAAUGAUACCAAUUAUAAGUUACAUUUCCGAAUGAUAAACGAGCAACAAGUGGACGAUAUCUGUAUUGAUUUCUUCUAUAAACCACACACUAUCACACUGCUGACGGUUACUGUGGUCAGCUUGAUGUAUUUUGUGUUUACCAGGAAUGAUGAGCACUCAAACAACAAUCUCCGAGUUGGUCUUUUUUUGGUUGUUUCCUUCUUCUUGGUCAUUAGUGUCCUGGCCUUUCCUAAUGGACCUUUUACCAGGCCACACCCUGCGAUAUGGCGAAUGGUGUUUGGUCUCAGUGUACUCUACUUCCUGUUUCUGGUCUUCCUCAUCUUCCUCAACUGGGAACAAGUGAAGACUCUGAUGUACUGGCUGGACCCAAAUCUGCGCUAUGCCACACGGGAAGCCGACAUCAUGGAAUAUGCUGUAAACUGUACAGUGAUAACGUGGGAGCGCAUCCUGAGCCACUUCGACAUCUUUGCGUUCGGCCACUUUGCAGGCUGGGCCAUGAAGGCUCUGCUCAUCCGCAGCUACGGCCUCUGUUGGACCAUCAGCAUCACCUGGGAACUGACUGAGCUGUUUUUCAUGCACCUUCUGCCAAACUUUGCGGAGUGCUGGUGGGAUCAGGUGAUACUGGACAUACUGUUGUGCAAUGGAGGAGGCAUCUGGCUGGGUAUGACCGUCUGCCACUUUUUGGAGAUGAGGACCUACCGCUGGGCCAGUAUCAAAGAAAUCCACACCACCACAGGGAAAAUAAAGCGAGCCGUGCUCCAGUUCACCCCAGCUAGUUGGACUUAUGUGCGCUGGUUCGACCCAAAGUCGUCCUGCCAGAGGCUAGCAGGCAUCUACCUCUUCAUGAUCUUAUGGCAGCUGACAGAGUUGAACACGUUCUUCCUCAAGCACAUCUUCGUCUUCCAGGCCUCUCACCCACUCAGCUGGUGUCGUAUCCUCCUUGUUGGAGCCAUCACUGCCCCCACUGUACGGCAAUAUUAUGCAUACCUGACAGACACUCAGUGUAAACGAGUUGGCACGCAAUGUUGGGUGUUUGGAGCCAUUGCUUUCCUGGAGGCUCUUGUUUGUGUGAAAUUUGGGCAUGACUUGUUUUCCAAGACACAAAUUCGUUUUGUACUCCUGUGGCUACUCUGUCUGGCACUUAUCACACUUCUCUGUUUAUACGGGAUGGUGUGGUAUGAGCAAAAUAAAGUGAAGGGCACUUCCUUGCAAAGUGAGGACUGUGAUGAAAGCAGUGUUGUCGACUCAUGUGGUUUCAUCCCAGAUGCUGUCGCAGGUCAGAGGGAGUCUUUGAGAGGUUUACAAGCUACAAAACGGAAGAGAGCCUCUGGGAGGAACAGAUUUGUGAAUGGCCAUGGAGGAAAGCAACAAUAAACAACACUAACGCUGAGUAUUCUCAUCCUCUAUGAAGGAGAUGAGUGAUAGAUAAGAUCUAGAAGCACCCAACAAGGGAAGACAUUAUGCACUUAAACUUACUGAAUAAUUGUGGUCAGAGUUGCAUCAAGAGUUUAAUGAAUCCUGGAGUCCAGAAGGCAGACAAAAUAAAACGCCAACAAGCCUUGAUAUGAUAUUUCAACUUAUCAAGUUGUAAUGGCUGCGGGAGUCAGAGGCAAAAGACAACGAUGAGCUGAAAGCUUCAUAGACCUGAAGGUGUGGUGAUUCUUUGUGGAAUCCGCAGUACUAGGAAACCUUUCAUACUGUAUGACAAGGCAAAAAUUGAUAGAUAUUAGAAGAUAUUUCUUAGGAAUAUGCAUUGGAUUUUGAAAGAGAAGAUUGCCAUACUUGGACUAUAAAAAAUAGCUUGCUAGCCUCAGCAUCAUCCUACACCCAGCAUUUUCUACCUUAAAUUACUGAAUGUUGCUUGGAUGUUUUGCACUGUGGGACAUGUACAUAUGUCCGGUCAGGGGUUUGCCACCUCUAUUAAUGUGGUCUGGUUUGCAAACCAGUCCACACCACCAUUCUGAGUAUAAAUAUAUGCUACAUGCACUUGGACUUGUUUGCACUUAAUCUCUUUGUCUUUUCUGUUUUUGAAUAUUACUGUGUACUGAUUUAAUAGCUUUACUAUAAAAACUAAUGAUAAUUUUUGUGUAUGGCAUUUUGUAAGUCCAUUUGUACUGGUGAUGAUCGUAUGUUAAAUUGGUUGAUUUGAUGUAUUUGUGUUUAUAUAAAACUUGCCAAAAGUGACCACAUUUUGCACUUAUCUAUAAUACGGUAAAUUAGUACAUACAGUACUAUCUGCUUUUCCUCAAUCAAAAUAGCAUCAUGAGGAAAGAUUUUUCUUUUCUCUACUUUAAAUGAGAGGAACAGCCAAGUGUUACUGAACCAACUGUAGCGUUUACAUGUUUUAAAUUCUUACUCUUUUAAGCUUUCAUCAGCAUAAUUAUUGGAACUGUUCAGAUGUAUGAUAUUUUGUAAUUUUGCAUGUGUUUGGGAGAGAAGUAAGCAGUGUAUGUGUAUGGUGUACUGACAGAAUACUGUGACAUUCAAUGCAAUAGCACUGUGGUGACAUUCAACAGCAGAGGAUAAUCACUUGUGUGAAAUAAUCUUUUUCAAAGGCAGCAUUUUGUUUGCAUUGACUGAAUGAAACUUUGAAUGAAACUUUCCUAAGCACUAGCCUGCUGCAGUGAUUCCAAUGUUUUGAGUGUCUACGAUGCUUUAAUUGUCAGGCCAUACUGUGUUUAUUUUAAAAUGGUUAAAAUUUGUUAUGUGUAACCUCCAGUGCACUACUUGUUAUUACACAUUUUUGAUUUUACAUGGGUGUUUUUGGUUGUUUAUGCACACAUAAUUAAAU